AUGCUCGGUUCUGUUGUGCGUAUAUACGGUUGUGUUCUAUAUAUGUUUUUCCUCAUUCUUUAUGGUCUUUUUGGAAUACUGUACCUACAAAAAGUACUUCUAAAGAACUGCGACGCGACAGACUAUAACUCCGAUGAGAUAGUGGAGAGUUUGCGUCAAUUCUCAGAGAUCCUCGUUUGGGGUGAUCAAAAUGAUGGCGCCAUUAUGGAUUUCUUUUGGGAGCAGAAUUGCCUUGAACUGCUCAUCCGAUACAUUGAAAAGAGAAAAGAUCGCAAUGUUUGUGUUCAGCUGCUCCAAACCCUUAAUAUUCUUUUUGAAAAUCUUACUAAUAACAGAGCAAUAUAUUAUCUUCUUUCCCAAAAUCAUACUAACGGUAUCAUUCUUCACGACUUUGACUUCUCUGAUGAAGAAGUUAUUGGCUAUUAUAUUGCAUUCUUGAAGUCACUCUCUUUUCGCGUCAAUGAAGAUACAAUAAAUUUUUUCUACGACGAAGCCCAGUCAAGUUUUCCUCUGUAUCAGAGGGCUCUUCGAUUUUUCAAUCAUUCGGAAACUAUGGUGCGCAUAGCCGUACGAACUAUCACCCUCAACAUCUUUAAGGUUCGCAACGUUCCCUGCGCCAUGUACGUUUACGCUUGUACCUCUGUACCAUACUUUUCUCACCUAACGGAGGAAAUGCGGAAAACUGCUUCGGCCAUCAAUGACUCAAUUUGCUUUCACAACAGACUGGUUAAUCGGAGCCGGAUUGAGGACCUCGUCGCGGAAACGUCUGACCAUCUGCAUUACAUUGACGACAUUUUCUCAUUAGGAAUUCCCGAUCUGACAAACGUGCUCUUCUUCAUCCUCCUUCAACGUCUUUUCCUUCCUCUCUACGUGCAUUCCCUCACAAAAAGACAUCUACCGAAUAAUAGCACUAAUAACUAUAAGGGCUCUUCUCGGGGAUACUUUUUUCACGCAGUGUCAAUGUUCCUUCUCUCUCAAGUCUUCACAAUUCUUCACCAGCCUGAUCUUAUUCGAGUCCUUUCCGAAGCAAUUCUGAUUGGCGAUUUGACUUUGCUUUGCCCAGCCGCUCAGGCCACUAGCGGGGAGGCCACAGGUGAUGUGGUCGCUCACCUGCGCGCAGCGCAUCACGGCAAACGAGCCGUGAAGAUGUCCCCGCCUGGUUCGCGUCUCGCCGCCUUCCUUCGCACCAUAGCUGGAUGCGGGUGCCAAAUCAGCUCCGUGGAGAACGUCCAGGCCGCCUCGUCAACGCUAGAUGAGGACAUCGCCAAGUGUUCCCUAGCCAUUCAAGAUUAUUCUGCAGUUAACAAUAAGAGUAAUAUUAGCUCUGACGAAAAUCAAAGUGGCGUUCCACGGGACUCGUCCUCUCCUACCUCCUCCUCAUCUUCCUCCGAUUUUGCUAGUCAAAUUGCGGUGACACCAUUGGCCGUGCCCUCACCCCCUCAACACGACCCCUCGGAGCGAAAUGAGCGUCCUGACGAAGCCCACUCACAACCCUCAGCCGGUUCCGGUUUCAGCCUGACGAGCAAACCGUUCCUUCGGGCUCUCUUCCGGUCCCUUGAAGUCGGCCCGGGCACCGACUAUGACACGUUUUUCGCGCUCUCCCUUCUUAUCGCCAUAAAGCAAAAUGGUGGUGAAGAUGAGGGAACCUUAGCCUUGGCCCAAUUGCAUACGCCCACUCAAGAAUCUCCCUGCAACUCAAUGCUAAUCACAAAACUCCUCGACAUUAUUAGUGACGCGGCGAAAAUGGGCAGUCGCGUUCGUGUUGCAACCCUCAACCUCGCUUUGUUUCUCCUCGUGCUGAUAACGCGAGACUCCUCGCGGGUGUGUCAGUUGACGGAGAACCAGCGGCAACAGGUGCAGGCAACCUUCAUGGAAUCCCACUUGCUGCUGCACAACCUCUACAUGGGGCUUUCUCCUUCAACCCUUCUGGAAAACACCGCCUUCCUCUUCAAUCACGUCACCGACGCCCUCAAGUUGUCCUCAUAUCAGUCAGAGGGGAACCUAACAGAGACCCACAAAACACCCGCGAUGUCGCCUCAACACGGGGGCUCCCUCGGGGGGUCACCCUACGCCACAUUGCCGUUCACGGAACUGGAGCACAUCCAGCGCGCCGUGGCUGUCUUCCUUUGUCUCCACGGCUACCUCAGCACGUACAUUUUUCCGGGGACGAAUGGCGGGGGCGAGCCGCAGAACGAGGUCAAACCGCCCGCGUUGGAGCGUGUUUCUGCGCUCUCGUCGUUUGGCAACAUACCCACAAGUGGGAAGGUCGUUGUAUCUGUUUCGGACCCCAUUGACAUCGCGGCGCACCAGAUCUUCAGUUGUGAAAUUGAGCACGAAAGCGGACGGACUGAGAAGCGCUAUCUCAUUAUCAGCGAUGUGCAGUUCAUCCUGGUGGAACCAAGCCCCCGAAAAAUCGGCUGGGGCACCGUGACGUUUGCUGGUCUUCUUCAGGACACUGUGCUCAAGAUGGAUGCAACGGAUUGUCACAGUUUGAGUAUUAUUGUUUACAAACCCGGCGAGCGAUCAGGCCUCACAAUAGCGAGGAUCAUUACGGAAGCAGCGGGUACUAAUUCGGUCAGCAGCCAAGUCCCCACGUCAUCUCCGCCAAACGUCUUUCCCCUUAUGAACGCGAAAUUACGCUUCCAAAACGCCAUCCAGUGCUCCACAAUCUGUACAUUGGUCACUCAACAGUCGGAGAGAAUACGCGCCUCGAAGCAGGUGAAACUUAGGCGACUUCUUAAUGUACAGGACAAACCCCAGCGCCCCCCAGUUCACGCCACUGUAUUAGGCGCCAGCAGCGGGAACCGCGUGGAGGCCUUUGAACUGCGGCAGCCGAACCACCGCGCGGACUUGGAUGAUUUGAAGCGGACCCGGCUCCUCGACAUGGCCUCUAGGCGGCUCAGGACCGGUGCGUUGCCGCCUACCAACGCCCUCAGGAGGACUCCGGCAUCCUCCCCGGUUAUCCUCGUUGCGCCUGUCAGCCCCUCUCUAAGUACAGCACUAGACCCAUCUCCGAAGGAGUCGGGGGACAAGUCCACAGUGAAAAUUCAGGAGAUACCCAUGGUAGACCUUUCCCGGAAACAGACUACGGAAGCGUCCGCUGCAACCUCAUCGGAGUAA